AUGGUGGACGACGCGGUAACUUUCAUCGGCUCUCCAGAGAGAUCCUUUUUGGGCACUAGUCGAGGAGAAACAGCAGAAUUUAACGAUGACACGGUUGUGUCUCUCCCGUUGCCUUUGGUAGUUCGCUCCAGCGCUCCUGUUGUGCCUCCGUUGCGUUUCAUCAAAACAAUCAAGGAUGCAAGCGUGCGACAGAAUCACAACCUGUCGUUGCUGCUGUGGAUACUGAACAGUAGCCCCAAGGUCCUGGAUCUUACCCUCGACAUACGUCAAUGCCCUGCCCCGUUCCAGCUGUUUAAGACCUGUUUUGAAAACAGUUGCAAUGCCCCAAACUACGAGUCGUUUUUGUCAGUCCAAACACUAACAAACCACAGUUUGGCGUUCAAGACCGGAAAAGCACAAUAUGAGAUAUCCGUGUUUCCUCAAAUUCUACAGAGCACUCGGAUGGAUCAGUUCAAAACCGAGCAGCUCCUCCAGCAAUACACACAGCAGUUUGCGCGGAUCCUGGACGCCUAUAAAGAUCGCAGUCAUCCAAACAGUGCAAUAUAUCUCGGUGCAAAUCUGUCGCGACUGAUACAGUGCUACGUCAACGACACAAUUUACGAUAUUGUCUACAAAUGGAGACACUGGAACCGGAUUCUAGGCCAUCAUGUUGAAUUUGCUCCGUUUUCUCAACUUGUCACCAAGUUUUGGGACUCGUACCUGGUGUUCCACGUUGGCGGCUCACUUUCCCAGUUUGAAGUCAAAAUGCGCCAUUUUGGGAGCUUCCAUUGUGACUCCAGCAAGAGAAACCUCAGGUCCAAUAAAUCAGGGAAUACUACUGUAAAAUACGGGAUAUGGAUCGACAACAUUCAAGGUGUGAUUCUUCUAAGCAACAUGAUCACCACGGAACUGAUGGAUGCAGUUCCGAGUCUAACUCUGGACCUUAUGGUUACUGAGUGUGACGAAAGUGUCAAAAAAUUGUUGCUCUUCAUCAAUUGCUGCUUGAUUGAAUGCGUCAAUCAGGAAAUGACUAAGACAGUUUGA